UUCCCUGAAUCCCCAAGUCACACUGGGGCAGUGGUGGCGUCAGUGGUCCUGUUGCUUGUCCUGGCUCUGGCAGCGGUGGUCUAUUCCAAGUGCCGACUCAACUUUAAACUGUGGUAUAGGAACAUUUACGGAGAGUAUGAGCUUAAUGAUGGCAAAAUGUAUGACGCCUACAUCUCAUAUGUCAACAAUGAGAAUGACAGGAAAUUUGUCAACUUCAUCCUGAAACCUCAUUUGGAGAACAAGUACAGUCAUAAACUGCUGCUCAACGACACAAACAUCCUUCCUGGAGCUGAGCCAUCUGCAGAGUUGCUGAUGAACAUUAGUCGCUGUCGCCGGAUGAUUGUGGUUCUCUCUCAGUCGUACCUGGAGCAGGAGUGGUGCACAACCAACUUUAGACAGGGUCUGUGGCACUUGAUUGAGCUGUCGAGGAAGCCCAUCUUCAUCAUAUUUCAGUCACAGCAGAAGCAAAUGAGCCAGGACAUCAGUCACCAGCUGAAACAACAGCAGUCCCGAAUCACAACCCUCACCUGGGGCGCACACUCCAUAAUCCCUUCUUCAGGCUUCUGGAAGGAGCUCACGUUGGCGAUGCCGCUUAAGGUGACGUUUCACAGGGAAUCUGCCGGCGAUCCGCAGACUCUGCUGCAGGGCGAUAAAGAUCCCAUGCUCACGCAGCAGCCCGAUUACCUGGACUGCAGACCGGACCCCGAUCCCGCAGGAGACCUGGGUUUGCGUUUGCCCAUCUACAAGACCCUUCCCUCCAAAGCUCCGGUGCUUCCUGCAGGUCCCAGUGUGACGGCUGAACCAAAACCCCCAGAGAUAGACGUGUCUGAUCUCGGCUCGAGGAACUACGCCGCACGCACUGACUUUUACUGCCUGGUCACGGAAGACGAUAUCUGAGUCACACUGUCACUCUUUUCUUUGUUUUUGUUUAUUUAUGCAUGCACAAUUCUUUAUGCUUUUAUGCUAAAUGUUUUAGAACAUGUCAUGUACAGUCAGGGAUUUUGAUUCUGUACAUAUUUUAAUAAAGUUGUGGAGUCCAUGUCCAUGUGUUCAUGCCUGCUUCCCUACUAUAUACAGUAGUAGGCAAAAACAGUACAUGUUCAUAGUAUUCUUAAAAACUGAUAAGGGAAAAAGCAUAGUUCAUAUAUGAAAAAGCAUUAUGUGUCCAACAGUAAUACUCGCAUCGAAAAGACAAACAAGGGGCAUAGGACAUGUGAUAUAAACGAUCAACUGUAUCUAAAAAGUAGAGUGCUUUUGAAUCGGACACUGGUCGCACUGUAUAUGUUAUUUCGUUAUACAAAGGUUAAGUUAUUGUGAUUAACUAGUUGAUUAAGGAUUCAUCAGACUGUUCUAAACUAGUAACUCAAAAGUUCAAGAGUUUUUUGUUUUUUUCUUUUGAAUGAUUUAAUAACCGGAUCUACUUAUUUGCUAGAGAAGGAAACUACUGACAUGUUUUCUUGCCAUAACUUCAUAGUAGUCUUGUAUCUCAUUACACUUAAUUUAGACUGCGCUCACAACACGUUAAAUAUGAUUUAUUUUGACGUGUUACUGUAGAUUGCAAUAAGUAUUACUGGUUAUGAAAGGGACCUCAAGAGGGCGUUGGCCUUAAAACCCAUAAGAGCCCAGACCAAUGUCUCCUUAUAGGAAAAUUAUGGGGCAUAUAAAACAUACCAAAUGGACCAGUUAUAACAUGUUUCUGCAGUUGUUUUUGAAAUACAACAUCUACUUGUGAAAGAUCUGUAAAGUGACAUA